UCUUUGGAGGUGUCCACGGGGGAAGUGGGCCGCGCCAGCGAUGUCAUGGUUUUGCGGCCUGGAACAAGGCGGAAGUCCAUGCCUGCCCUCGAAAUCCGCGUGAAUCCUGAGGUGGUGGGCGACGUGAACAGCGCGGGCACCGCGACCUUCGGGGACCUCCCCAUCGCGGAGCGGAGCUACUCGGCGAGGCGUCCCAUCAAAGGUUCCAUGGACGUCAUCGCAAGGUGGGGCGCUGUCAAGGAGGCAAUGUCCGUGGGGCGGUGCAACGACAUGCCCCCGCCACUCGUCAUUCCUGACGCAAGCCAGAGCGACGCCCCUUGCGUGACGAGCGUGCUUGUGUCGAAAUCCUUGCAAGGCAGAAACUACCUAGUUGUGAAGGUGUUCACUUUUCUUGGCGGAGGCAAGCCGAUGGCGGCGGUCCUCGACAAGAUUGUCGCAGGCGACCCGCGCGUCCUGGACUACCGCCCCGGUGUUUCGGAGAAGACGGCUGCCCUUGACAAAGCGCGGGGCUUCGUGCAGGCGGAGGCCCCUCGGGGAAAUUUUGACGGCCAGAAGCUACUGUGUGUGGACAGCCAAUUCGUGGGCCCUGAAUCGCCUCCGUACAACAUGCAGCGGGAGCUCGUGAACAGCCUUGUGAAGUGCAUCGCAGACCGUGGCCACUUCGCCGUCAAGGGCGACUGCGAACCUCUCCUGAAGUCUGGCGUCCGCAAGGAGUGCCAGCCGAUGGCAAGCUGGAUCUGGCAGACGCUGGCGGGCAACGUGAUGUUCGCGAUAAAGUGGGGGAGGGAGGCUGGCUUCGGGCCCUUCGUGUGCAUCCUCGCCGUGGCGCCUGCGAGGCGCCGCGCAGACGUCGCUGACGAACGCCGCCCAGGUCGUGCCAAGGCUGCAAUUCGGGUUUCCGCAGAGAUGGACAUCUUCCGCGGGAAGGUCGGGGAGCCCUGGGCGCUGUGCAUCUUCGACGAUUGCGACUGCGCAGAUCAGCGGCGUCGAGUCCUCGAGGCCUUCUUCGACCCCGCGCAGGCUCGGGCCACGACCUGCGCGCGCUGGCGGGCCGCAAU